AACAGAAAAAAAAAUUAAAUUGAUAAUAAAUAAAUUCGCAAAGCAAUUAAGCGCAAACAUUUUUGGAUUAUUCUUCAAACAAGCUGCUUAAGGAAUCUUUACACCACAUAGAGAAACAACAACAACCACUAACAUGGACACAUCGCAAGCAGAAGCCCAACGUUACAUCAAUGUAGCACUGCGUGAAAUCAAUACAGGCAACUAUGAGAACGCCUCAAAGUUAUUGAGGAAGGCGAAAGAGCUUGCGCCCGACUCCGAAGCAGAUGAGUUGCAAGAAUUACUGCUGAAAUUGAAUGCCAACGCCACUGCAGCGCAAGAAAAAGCAGCCGCAGAAGCGAGCACCUCAUCGGGUUGUGGCUCAACAGGCGGUAAUGGUGAAUUUGGUGGUGGUGGUGGUGGUGGUGGUGGUGGUUGUAGUGUUGGUGGACGUUCACGUCAACGGCGUCAAAAUUCACACAACAACAACAACAAUAAUAACAACAACAAAACCAACAACAACAACUGCAGUGCUAAUAACGGCAACGCGUACAGCAAAGAACAAAGCGAUUUAGUUAAACGUAUAAAUAAAUGCAAGAAUUUCUAUCAAGUUUUGAAUGUUUCACGUGACGCUACAGAUUCGGAAAUAAAACGCGCCUACAAACGUUUAGCCCUACAAUUACAUCCCGACAAGAAUCAAGCGCCAGGCGCUGCUGAAGCUUUCAAAUUACUAGCAAAUGCAGUGUCCGUACUCACCGAUGAGCGACGACGCAAAGAGUAUGAUGCAGCCGGUGCAAAUACCUUGUCAAUGCAUGACAGCGGCAUAAGUUUACACGCCCAGCAUCAGCAUCGGCACUUUAACGUCAAUCACUUUCAUGCUGGACAUGCUUUUGAGGCGACCUUUGACGAGGAUAUCACCGCGGAGGAGUUGUUCAAUAUAUUCUUUGGUAAUUUUCCGCAGCAUCCACGGAAUGCUCACAGACGCCCCUAUCAGCCGGCAAAUCAACGUCAACCUCAAGAGCGUAAUCAGCAGCCAAGUUUGGCUUUUGGUUUGAUUUUGGUGUUGAUUUUGAUUUCGAUGCUCUCAUCGCUCUUUACAACGGAUCCCGUCUAUAGUUUGGUGCAAUCGAGCAAAUAUUCUGAACAACGCCAGACGCGACACCUCUCCAUACCGUAUUAUGUUAAGCCAAGCUUCUCCAGCGAUUAUCAGGGCACUUUGGGACGUUUGGAGAAUUCCGUUGAGGAGGAUUUCAUCUAUACGAUGAAACAAAAUUGUAUACGUGAACGUAGCUACCGUGAAGGCAUGAUGGCACGUGCACGUAGUUUUGGCAGCAGCAUGAAAUUCGCACAGGCUCAAGCGUUGAAAGUGCCAUCGUGUGAGCAGUUGGCGAAAGUUGGCUUAACACGUUACUCGCUCUACUAAAUGUGCUUGCGGCUGGUUGACUGAGGCCUCU